AUCUUGACCUGCAUUUCGGUCGUUUUGGAGAAGUGAAUAUAGUAUUUGUGUGCACCACUUUUGCUGUUCGCGUGUAAUUUGUGUGCACGUGUUUGUAUAAGCCAUCGAGAAGUUGAUAAUGAUGGGAAUUUAGCUAACCGGGUAUGUCUGAAACGUGCAUUUGCAUGCAUUUUGAUUGUUUCCAAUGCGCUUGAGCUGAGUACAAAAAGGGGACUUCCUUUGUUCAGCGCUUGAUACGAUCACAUAUUUUCACGUUUUCUGCUUAUUUUACAAAGGUCCAUAUGUCAGUUGUAAGUCAGGGGAAUGGAUACAGUGGGUGACAAGAGAAACACUUUGGAUCAAGCGUUAGACAUAGCUGACAGUGUGUUGAACAAUUCUGCUCUUACCACAAUAUCUGUCGGUGACAGCGGUCCGUCACUCAGCUGUGGCGGUUCUCCAGCUGAUCCAAUUGCGGGUUCAACGAUCGCAACAACAUCGGGGAUUUCUCCCAUACUUGACUGCCCUUCUACCACGUCGCAAAGAAUCACGCUGGAAGCCGACAGCAAUCUCGGGACUGCCGAUUUCAACAGUCCUAAGCAGUCGUUCGUACCCUGCAAGGUAUGCGGCGACCGGGCGUCAGGCUACCAUUAUGGUGUAACUUCCUGUGAAGGAUGUAAGGGCUUCUUUCGCAGAAGUAUACAGAAGCAGAUUGAGUACCGUUGUUUACGGGACGGAAAAUGCAUGGUUAUUCGACUCAAUCGCAACCGCUGUCAGUAUUGCCGAUUCAAGAAAUGUCUGGCUGUGGGAAUGUCUCGGGACUCUGUGCGAUAUGGCCGCGUCCCGAAGCGCUCCAAGAGCCAGGAUGACCAGCGUGUGAGCUCGACUGACUCCAGUCAGGACCAGACAGCCCUGGAGAACAAACAGUUGGCCAUCUACGACGUGAUCCUCAGCAUCUCCCAGGCCCACCACACACACUGCGGCCUCACCGAGGACAAGAUCAAGGUCAUUCAGAGGAAGCCAGCGACCCUGAUGCAGCAGAUUAAGAUACCAGAGCAACCAGUUCAGUUUACAGCGGAAGAGCUGGAGGCCCAGAGACUCCUCAUGUGGCAGCACCUCUCCACACUCAUAACUCCCUCAAUACAGAGUGUCGUAGAGUUCGCUAAGAGAGUGCCAGGUUUCUCUGAGCUGUCCCAAGAUGACCAGCUGAUAUUAAUCAAGACGGGUUUCUUUGAGAUCUGGCUCACUCGCAUGGCUCGUAUGUUCAACAAGGAAGAGAACUCUGUGACGUUUGAGGAUGGGAGUAUUAUACCCAAAGAUGAACUAGAUGUUGUGUACUCUCCUGAAUUUGUGUCGUCCAUGUUUGAUGUGGCUGCCAGCUUUAAUGUCCUAAACCUCAAUGAUACAGAAGUGGGCCUCUUCACAGGCAUUGUGUUAAGUUCAGCUGAUCGACAAGGCCUGUCUGAUUCCAAAUCUGUUGAAAAAAUUCAGGACAAUUUGAUAGAAGCUUUAAAACUUCAGGUUAGCCGGAACCAUUCCACAGAAGAGAAUCUGUUCGCCUCCAUCAUAAUGAAAUUGCCUGAACUGAGAACCCUCGGGUCAAAACACCAGGAAACACUGAAGUGGUACCGAGGACACUGGGAACAUGUGGCCCUACCACCAUUGUUUUCGGAGAUUUAUGAUAUACCAAAGGCAGAGGAAGAUGUGGCUCCUUAGGAGACAAAGUGCCAAGGGAGAUAACUCCAGUGUUCAAGGGGGGAUAACUCCAGCUUAUUUGGGCCCAUGAUUGGAGACUUCAUACAAAAGUGACUGCUACACUGAUUGUAGAGUGCUGGAGUAAUUGUGAGGGUGAUGUAGCUUGGGAUUAGUAUCUGUACCGCUGUGAGUGGAAGGGGAGAUUAUUCUGUGUGUUUUCAUUCAUCACUGGCAUUUGGAUAAAGGUGUCACAGUUAUGUUCAAAGAGGUCUUUGUCUGAGCCAGGUUUGGUGGUACUGUGGAUGAAGAUUUUGUGAAAGAAGAUUCCUGAUAGUUGAAGAAGAAUUCCUUGGCCUGUGGUGGCUUGUGUCAACAUCCUUGAAGUUGGUUGAAGGGAGUCCUGUAUGGAAUUAUCUUUAAACCCAGUUACUGCCUUUUCAAACUUUGUUACAUCGAAAGAAGACAAAAGAAAUGUUUCUUUCUGGUUUUUCCCCCAUUUUGUUGUGAAAAUGGGCUAUUGUUAAAGUCCGCAUAUCAAUGCUGCUAAUCUUGUUUGCAGUUUGGCACACAAAAUGGGAGACAGCUCUCAAGGAAAGGGAGACAACUCUCAAGGGAAGGGAGACAACUUGAUCAGGAGCCAAGUGAUGGUAUAAUACCACGUUGCCAACAGUAUUUGUAUGCUGCUGUAAAGAUUCCAUGUGAACAUGUGUGAACUGGCUUUGUUUGAUGGUGUUAAAGAACCUGAGAUAGGCUUCUUCACAUUCAGUAUGUUUUGGGUCAUUAUAAGGAGACAAAGACAAUUCUGAGCUAUUUUGUCCGAGUCAAUGCCAAAGUCACUGGUGCUUAAUCCACAGUGUUUCAGCUAUUGGAAAGGGCGCUCCUCUCCGUAAGCCUACAUAAUAUUCAGGCACAAGCAUGAAAUAAUCAUAAACGCAAUGACCAAUAAUAUUUAAGAAAUUUCAGGAUUAGUGUUCUUGAAAGUGGUGACCCAAAUUUGUCUCUACCAAGCAUAAUUCAUUUGUGCCAAUAUUUUCAUGAUUCUCAGGUUACUUCUUAUGUUGUACACCUGCUUGGUGUUGUACUCAAUACACAGUCUGACUGGUGUUGUACUCAAUACAGUCUGACUGGUGUUGUACUCAAUACACAGCCUGACUGGUGUUGUACUCAAUACACAGUCUGACUGGUGUUGUACCCAAUACAGUCUGACUGGUGUACUCAAUACACAGUCUGACGCUGGUGUUGUACUCAAUACAUAGUCUGACUGGUGUUGUACACAAUACAGUCUGACUGGUGUUGUACUCAAUACACAGUCUGACUGAUGUUGUACUCAAUACACAGUCUGACUGGUGUUGUACUCAAUACAGCCUGACACUGGUGUUGUACUCAAUACACAGUCUGACACUGGUGUUGUACUCAAUACACAGUCUGACUGGUGUUGUACUCAAUACAGCCUGACACUGGUGUUGUACUCAAUACACAGUCUGACACUGGUAUUGUACUCAAUACACAGCCUGACUGGUGUUGUACUCAAUACAGCCUGACACUGGUGUUGUACUAAAUACAGUCUGACUGGUGUUGUACUCAAUACACAUUCUGAUUGGUGUUGUACUCAAUACAGCCUGACACUGGUGUUGUACUCAAUACAGUCUGACUGGUGUUGUACUCAAUACACAGUCUGACUGGUGUUGUACUCAAUACAGUCUGACUGGUGUUGUACUCAAUACAGUCUGACUGGUGUUGUACUCUAUACAGUCUGACUGGUGUUGUACUCAAUACAGUCUGACUGGUGUUGUACUCAAUACAGUCUGACUGGUGUUGUACUCAAUACAUAGUCUGACUGGUGUUGUACUCAAUACAGUCUGACUGGUGUUGUACUCAAUACAUAGUCUGACUGGUGUUGUACGCAAUACACAGUCUGACUGGUGUUGUACUCAAUACACAGUCUGACUGGUGUUGUACUAAAUACAGUCUGACUGGUGUACUCAAUACACAGCCUGACUGGUGUUGUACUCAAUACACAGUCUGACUGGUGUUGUACCCAAUACAGUCUGACUGGUGUACUCAAUACACAGUCUGACACUGGUGUUGUACGCAAUACACAGUCUGACUGGUGUUGUACUCAAUACACAGUCUGACUGGUGUUGUACUAAAUACAGUCUGACACUGGUGUUGUACUCAAUACACAGUCUGACUGGUGUUGUACUAAAUACAGUCUGACACUGGUGUUGUACUCAAUACAACAACUAUACUGGUGUACAAGCUGUGACUCCAGCAUGUGAGACUGUGGAUGGCUUUUCAUCACAUCAAUGUCAUCACAUCAAGUAUAGCUAGCUCUAAGGGUUCAAAAGUCAUGUUACUGUCUGUUAUUUGUUUAGUCUGAGUGAACUUUCAGGUCCCAAGAACAUAUUAGCCAGUUGAGCUCAUGUCAUUAUCUUUUGGUCUCCUUUUGAGAUAUUCAGAAGAUCUCAUGUUUUUGAAAAAAGUUCCAUAAGGCUCAGAAAGCUGAAACUUGAAAAUGAUAUGAACAGUUUGUUCAAGGCAUCAUAAUACCUGAAUGAUAUUUCUCACAUAAUCUGAAUCUGUUUGUGAUAUGGGCUGUUGUGGGAUUCAGCGUGUCAGUUUGUGUUUGUGUGUCCUGAUGAUAUAUAAUAAGAAGUUGAACAGCAACACCAUGGAUUGAUUGAUACACAUUUACAACACCCACAAACUCUUGUCUGAUAUGUUUUUCCUGAUAACAUUAUAGCAGAUAAUGAUACUAUUUCUGAAUCCAUUCUGCCAUUGAAGUGAGGAUGUUCUGAUGCUUAAUAGUUCUCAAAUAUUUAGGAUGACUAUAUCGUCCUCAGACAUUUGCAUGAGAAUUUGUAGGUUUAGAAUUUGAAUUCUGCUAUUGCAGGAGGAGAGUGACAUUCUAGAUGAGAGUGUAAACCCCACUGUAGAUACGAGGAUUCAGUGAUGGACCACUUCAUGUUUGUGUUGACAUGUUUGUGUCAUGCUGGUCCACAUAUUGACAUGCACUUUGGGACGGCAUCGGUCAUCACUUCGGAACAUGAAUCCUCACUUCGGGCCCAAAACAGGGGGAAACAGUAUAAUUUGAUAAGAACUGAUCUCACAAUGUGUUUGGUGUAUUUGAGAAUGUGUGGAGUUCUUAUUUUGAAACUGUAUUUUCAGUUCUAGAUUUAUAUAAAAGAAUUCAAUGUUGUGUAGAUGAAAGUCAUAAUGUCCAGAGCUGCUUUGUAACUAGUGUGUAUGGGUAUAGGGGUGUAAAGAUUUGUGAAGUCAGGAUGUGGCUUGUAUUCCGAGGUCUGUUCACUUUAAGCAUUGUUAAGCAUUGUUUCGGAGGGUUGAAGUUUCUGGUGCCAUGUAUGAAUACAACAAGACCGUAUCAUAUUGCAAUAGAAUGAUAUGGUACAUAGAGAACUCACAAGAUGCAGUAUUGCUCCCAUCUUCAACAUUGGUGUUUUGAUAUGUAUGGCAUCAUGACCCUUGCAGUGCAAUACGUAUCGUAUCGCCCUCCCUUGCAUUUGUUGCACAUCCUACAGUCGUGGCUGCACGGUCUUGUUUCAUGGAUUCAUGGAUGACGAUGCAGAGUCAAAACAAAUGGCCAACUACAACAUGCUACAAGGGCAAGCUUCAGCUUGUUGAUUGUAAAGUUUAAAACCUAAAAUUUAUGUUGUUUUGCAAAUGCGUUAUACAGCUUGUUUUUGUUUCCUAUAUUGUAUCUAAAACAUCUUUACAGAGUUACCAAGGCAUAGGUUUUUUUUAUAUGAGCAUACUUUCAGGUGAAAUUAUUAUUAUUAUUAUUAUUAU